GUCACAGUAUUUGAUGCCACGACAUGAAUGCCACUGUCCUAACGAGCCUGUACUAAUAAAUACACUUAGUGUACUUAAUCUAAAAUUAUUAUUAUUCUGUGGUUAUUAGGAAUUACAAAAAUAGGUUAUAAAUUUAGUUUAUAACAAUUAUUUGAAAAAGUAAUUUUUGCUGUCUUAUCUUUUUGAUAAAUUCAUAAGAAUGCUCAUUUGUUGACUAUUUUAUAAGUAAAUUUGUGGAUAACUUUAACGAUAAGCGCAAACUUAGUAUUAUAAAAGUAUAAAACAAUGGGAGAAAAUAUAGAGUUUCCCUUAAAAUCCAAGGAAUAUUACAAAUCAAUUUUCAACAAGUAUGAUAGAGACAGGGAUGGUUUAAUCGGUGUAAGGGAGUUAACUGAUCUCAUAGAAAGUAGGGAAUAUGAAGAAGACAUUCCUAAACAUUGUGUUAAAAAAAUUUUAACUAUGCAUGAUCGCAAUGAUGAUAGAAAAUUGGAUUUCGAAGAAUUCUAUGAAAUGAUUCAUAAUCCUAAUCUAAGUUACAUAUUUGGACACUAUGUACAAAGAUACAUUAAUUGGGUAGUUCCCAAAAGACAUUACACCAGACCUGAUGCCACCGAUGGUAUUUAUGAAGAAGAAUAUUCCUGUUAUCCUCCAGCUGUUGGAAUGAUCAUAUUAUCCUUAAUAGAAAUAAUAUUUUUUUGUGUUGAUGAAGCUACUGAAUAUGAUUCUACAAAAUAUGCGAGUGGUCCGUGUGCAACGAUAUUUAUUUACGAACCAUCUAGGAGAAGAGAAGUUUGGAGAUACAUAACUUAUAUGUUUGUUCAUGUAGGUGUGUUUCAUUUGGUGAUAAAUCUCUUUGUACAAAUACUUCUUGGAAUACCUUUAGAAAUGGUGCACAAAUGGUGGAGGGUGCUCAUUGUUUACCUAGCAGGAGUUGUAGCGGGUUCAUUGGGCACUUCUAUAAUGGAUCCGACAGUUAAAUUAGCUGGUGCCAGUGGAGGAGUAUAUUCACUUGUUACAGCUCAUAUCGCUUCUAUUAUUAUGAAUUGGAAAGAAAUGUCGUUCCCCAUCGCCCAGUUUCUCAUUUUCGUUUUAUUAGCCGCAUCAGAUAUAGGAACAUCGAUAUAUAAUCGAUACGUAUUAGAUAUCAACGAACAUAUCGGAUACGCCGCUCAUUUUGCCGGAGCCCUAGCGGGAUUAUUAGUGGGAAUCAACGUUUUGAGGAACCUUAAAGUAACUAGAACUGAAAGGAUCAUAUGGUGGAUUUCUAUACUGACAUACGGUGUUCUAAUGGGAACUUGUAUCAUUUGGAAUUUGGCGUGGAAGAGUUAUUUUCCAAAGGAAAAGUAUUAAUAUGAGUAAAGCACAUUAUUCACUCAUGUUUAACUGUUAAAUUAUUUGGUGCACUUCCAUUUCAGUUCUUUACCAUUUGAUGGUAUUUAUAGUAUUCGGAUCCCAUUAAAUUUUGAGUUAGAGCUAAAAUUUUCAUCCAGAGACGUGGAUCUAAAUCUAAAUAUUCUGUUUAAGGUUUUCUUCAAAUGGGCAUGUUCUUAUGACUCUGGUUGUACAUAUGUUGAUUAAUCUUUGCUUUUUCAAGAUAUUGAUUCUUUUCAGAACAGUUUUCGUAGCCAACACUGUAUAAUUGGUCUCAUUAUCGCCAUGCACAUCCACAGCAAGAUUUUACAACCCCACACCAUCAGGGUUUUUGUGGCGUUAUUGUAAAGCAAAUGCUCGAUUUUCUCUUCUUCUUCGUUACACUCUUUCCAUUGUUGUCUGAUGUCACCCUUAUCUUUGGAGGGUUAUGACAACAGUACAAUGUUCAGUGGUUACCCCUGUGGUCUAUUGGGUUGAAUCUUACCUUUAUUGAUCUUUGCUCAAAAUCAAUCUGGAUAUCGUACAAUCACUUCUAUUUGACAGUAUAUCCUGCAUUUUGUGUCAACGGCAUCUACUGAUAAUUUCUUCGGUAGUAACUGUCACUUUGGGAUCACUCCUAGUCCCAUUUCUUGCUUUAUAGUUUCCUUCUACUCCAUAGUGUCCAGCAGAGGCUUACUCCAGUCAUGAACCCAGGAAAGUGCCACGCAACAUCUCAUUACCACUUUCUUUUUGAUACUAUUUCAAUUUGAUUUUUCAGUAGUUUUCUUACUAUACGUAUCUAGUAAAACGCUUUUUGAAGAUCUAUGGUUACUAUUUCUCCUUUUUUUUUUAUAUUCUUGAGUCUUUUGGUAGUUUCCAUACUAUAUAGACCAAAUAAAAUGCUUUUUCAAGGUCUAUGGAUACUAUUUCUCCUUUAUUUCGUAUAUUUUUCAGUCUUUUGGUAGUAAAGUAAGUAAGGGACCAAGUAAAACGCCUUUUUGAGAUCUGUGAUUACUGUUUUUCCUUUUUUCCAAUAUUAUUUAGUGUUUUGACAGGUCUAGACUUUAUGGACCCAUUAAAAUGCCUUUUCAAGGUCUAUAGAUAUUGUUUCUCAUUUUUUUGUAUAUUCUUCGAUCUUUAGGCAGUUUCCAUAUUACAUGGACCUAGUAAAACACUUUUUCAAGAUCUGUAAAUACUGUUUCUCAUUUUUUCAUGCAUUCUGCGAUCUUUCGGGUUUCGAUAACAAAGUUAUCGUCUUCAAAGACUGAAAGUGUUCGGUAUGAAUUUCAGUUUUCUUAAUUGUUGGACACAUCAGUGGAUAAUGUUUUUUAGUAUUUGAUUUCAUUGAAUGUCAUCGAGAUUAUUUACACUUGUUUUUAUUGACACCUUAUAUAUUUUAUUAUUUAGUAUCUGUUUAUUGUUUUGGUUGAAAAAUCGUAUUAUUUAUAGUCUAAUUUAAGUUGUUAAUGUCAAUCGAGAUUUUUUAGAACUUUUUUUUAAAUUCUAUAACAAAUAAUACCUAGGUAAGGUAUAGGCAGCUAAUUACUUUUAUUAGACAAAAUUAAAACAGUUAUGAAGCAGCAAGUUUUUGAAUCGUUUUUAUACAUAUAUAUACCAUGUUACGACCGUUUUAAUAGAAUUAAUUUUUAGGAAAACUCAUUAACUCGAAUAUGUUUUUACCUCAAAUUUGUUUGUGAAAUUGAAUUUUAUUUUUAUUUCCACGUCUUGACUCGAUUAUAAAAAAUCUCGAAAAACAGUAUUUUAGUUAUAACUAUUUUUAUUAUAUUUUUUUAAAUAUUUAUUACCGAAACUGUAUCAAAAUUGUUGUGAAUUUAUAAUUUGAGUCUUGAGUUGAUACUCAACAAACACAAAUCAGUGAAAAUCAAAAUUUCAAUCGAUUUAUGAAAUUGGCACAUUGUUAUUUUUAAGUAAAUUAGGUAUACCACAAUUUCUUGGUUAUUGUUUAUUGGUGUCUGAAGAUGAUAAUUUGAGUAUAGAAACGCUCGAUAGUACAUCACAACUUAAUUGUGCUAAUUAUUAAAAUUAUUUUGACAUUUGAAAUUAAGUUUUUGAAUUUUUAGUUUAAACUUUGUGCUAAAACGCGGAUUACCAAUAUGGCGGUGCUCUGACAUCAAUACAAGUAAAUAAGUAAACACUUAAUGGUAUUGGCAUUCUUUAGUGUUUAUUUGUUUUUUUUUUAUUAUACAAUGUUUUUUAAAAGUUAUAUUUAGUUUAUACUACCUUGAUAAUACUUGAAAAAUUAUAGAAGUGAUGAAUUUGAGAUUUACAACAACGGAAAUAUAAAAUUUUAUUUUUGUAAAUUCCUAUAUACAUUAUUUGUACUUAAAUAUUAUAAAUAAAUUAUACAAAUUUCAUAUUCA